AAAAUCUCUGUUCUCCUGCGUGCGUUUGCCUGCUGUGUGCGGCAGUUUCAAGGGCGCAUGUAGCGAGAAGUUGUGCGCGAAGCGUGUAAUGCUACGUUAUGCAACUAGUUACUCGUUUAUUAGUGCAUUACAUUUUCGGCCCAAGCAAGCAUGAUCAUGAUUAUGCGCAGUAUGAUCAAACUUUCAUUAAGCCGAAUACAUAUAUCCGCAUGUCUGCUUACGACAUGGUUUUUUUUUACUUAUAUUAUUAAAAAAUAUUUAUUUAUGAAUGCCUUACAGGCCUUCGCAAUUCACUGGGUAAGGGAAAAACAACGUAAAACAUCAACGUAAAACAACGUAAAAACAUCAACGUAAAGCUAGUUCAAAAAAACAAUGAAAAAAAAGCGUCUGCACAACAAAGCUUUAUGCACACAGAGUAAUUGUAUGCUGAUCAGUAUAGUCAACAUAAUAAAGUGCAAUUGAAAUUAAAACUCAAAACAAAAAAAAAUACGGAUCCUUAGAUACUAGUAAAAGUUACACGAAGAUCAUCGCACGUGUCUGAUGGGUCCGCAUGCAUUUAGCGCAAUUCAAAUCGCACGCCCACGAGCGCGGAGUGAUGGAACUGGAUACGCCAUCACCGCCAUAUAAUGCCAUCGUUGAGUUAAACGGCGCCUCACAGGUGGCGCUACGGCAUUUGGGGCAAAACGCAAACGCGCAGCCCUGUCGAAAGCGAGCGAAGACAUAGCGUUGGAUUCGUGGCUGCAGCUGCUCUUGUUCAAGUGACAUGGCCCGUUCGGGGAUAUGCGGCAUCUAGACCUGGCAUUCUCUGCUACUUGCAGUUUGUACACGCCACGCACUACGUUCUCUGCGUGCAUCCUGUGUCUCCUGUAGCUCUCUCUCCACUCCACCGAGUGUAGAUCAGCGCUGCCCUUCGAGCAAAGGAGUCUGCACUUCACUAAAGGUGUACAACAUGCUAACAACGUCGACCCAAGCUUCACUGCUGCGGCUGCUGACUGCACUGGCCACCAUACUUGCUUCCGAGCAUGUAUAUUGCAGGGAAGGUGAAAACGUAUCAUGCACAGAUGAAGUUAUUUCCAGGCAUCUAAUCGAUGAAAUACAAGGGUAUGCCCCAAUAGUUCAGUCCAUCAUAAAUGCGGUAGUUUAUGGUUCUGAGCGAAACAAGACGUAUGAAGAGUUGGCCUCGUUCGUGGACACCUUCGGCGCGAGGUUCACUGGGAGCGACACCCUUGAGAAAAGCAUAGACUACAUGGUAAAAUUGCUGAAAAGUCGGAAUCUUGACAAAGUGUACACGGAGCCAGUGGAAGUACCACGCUGGAUUCGAGGAACUGAAAAGGCCUGGAUGACGGCGCCUCGACGAAAGAGACUCGCCAUUUUGGGCCUAGGGUUCAGUGGAAAGACAGCCUGCAGGGGUCUGACUGCAGAAGUCCUGGUCGUCGAUUCAUUCGAAGAGUUGCACGAGAAUCGCGAUAAGGCGCGGGGAAGGAUCGUGGUCUUCAACCAGAAGUUCGACACCUACAUGGGGUCGUUAAUGUACAGAACGAGAGGCCCUGCUUUGGCGGCGAAGGUCGGCGCUGUGGCAGCCCUGGUGCGCUCCCUGACUCCAUUGUCGAUAGCGUCACCUCACACCGGGUCCACAACCUUCUUGCCGAAUGAAACCAGCAUACCCGCCGCGUCUGUCGCCGUUGAAGACGCUGAGUUGCUAAAGCGGCUGCAAAACAGAGGCCUUACAGUCUCAGUCAAGUUGGUCAUGCGCAACAAGAAUCUCUCUUCCGUAAUCUCUCGAAACACUGUAGCUGAUAUUCGUGGAACAGAGAAACCUGGAGAGGUUGUUAUUGUCAGUGGACACUUGGACUCGUGGGACGUCGGCCAGGGUGCUAUGGACGACGGUGGAGGCGCAUUCAUAUCUUGGCGAGCUCUGGAUGUCCUGCAUCAGCUUGGACUACGAUCACGACGCACUAUUCGCGCUGUGCUGUGGACUGCAGAGGAGAUAGGCGUUUUAGGUGCCAAGGAAUAUUACAGGGCGCAUGGGGACGAAAAGGUUGAACGCAUAAACAUCGCAAUGGAGUCUGACACGGGUACAUUCAAACCAACGGGUCUCGGGUUUAGAGGACACAGCGAUCGGGCAAGAUGUAUGAUUGCAGAAGUGCUUCGGCUAUUUAGCAAUAUCAACGCUACGUCGCUGAUGAUAAGGGCAGCGGCACCUGACCUUGUUUUCUGGAUCAAGGCGGGCGUACCUGUGGCUUCAUUAUCCACAGAGAAUGCCCAAUACCUUUACUUUCACCACACGGAGGGUGACACUAUGACCGUCGAAAACCCGAAGAAUCUCGACCUGUGCACAGCGCUGUGGGCAGGUGUCGCAUAUGUCCUGGCUGACCUGAGCGAAGAUCUGCCUAGAAAAUAAAAUAACAAUUUUUUUAGUUCUCUUCCGGA